AAUACGCUUGCAUGAGUUCGCGGGACAAGAUAUUUCGCGAGAGCUCCUACAUUAUAGGAACGAAAUACAUGAAAAAAAUAUCUCUCUUCGGAAAAUCGAUCGCCGAAUUGCGAGUAUAGUAGCGGUAAUGCUGGUAAAACACAAGUGUGACGUUCUCAUGGUAUUAUCUCUCGAACGUUUUGUAUUACUCAAAAAAUUAACCAAUUUGCGAUAAAGUAUACGCUAAAGAAGGGUAAAUUAUAAAAUAUUUAUCCGACUAGGAGAAGAGAAGGUGAGCGAACUUUUCUUGACCUAUUUGACGUCAGACGCGUUUUGAUAGUCGAGCAAUGAUGAUCUAGUGAGCAGUGAUGAUGCAGUACAUACAAACGCACUUGAAACUGAAUCGAGUUCUCCUGCUCGUGCUUGGUUUGUGGCCCUAUCAGCGAUUAAAGAUUGUUCGAUGUCAGUUCGUUUUUGUCUUCGGUAUCCUGUUAACAUAUAUUUUGUCUCAACUAGGUGUGUUUAUCACUUUGCAAUGCACGACGGAUCUUGUUCUUAACAUUCUUUUUGUCUCUUUUUUCACCGUUACGAGUGUGAUAAAAUAUAUUUCGUUCUACAUUAAUAGUGAAGCGGUGAAAUCUCUGAUUGAACAAAUUCAGCGUAAUUAUGACAAGUUAAAAGAUGAGAGAGAAACCGCUAUUUUGAAUAAAUACGGCAACAAGGCAAAAUAUUACACCACUGUGUUCACAGUGCUUUUCAUAUUCUUAUCAUCUAUUUGUUUCCUAUUGCAAUUGUGGCCAUGCAUUUUCAAUAUGUUUACGCCCGCAAAUACGACACGAUCGAUACAUAGGCUGCGUUUUAUAAGCGAAUAUUUCAUUGGCCAAGAGAAGCAUUUCUAUAUAAUUCUGUUGCAUGCCAACAUAGCUAUGUUUAUAAGCAGCCUCACGCUACUUAGUACUGGGGUAAUGCUAUUGUCAUUUGGUCUGCAUAUCUGCGGAAUGUUCAAAAUUGUCAGUUAUCAUAUCAAGCAUGCGACGAGAAUAAACGGAUCAAGACCUAUUAGUCCUCACAAAAAGAAUUUCACCUACGUAAAGAUGGUUUACGCAGUAGAUAUUCAUCGUAAAACUUUGCAGUUCUCGGAAUCAUUAAUGUCCACGUUCGCCUUAUGGUUCUUCUUACUGAUAGGCGCCGGUGUGAUUUCUAUGAGUCUCAAUUUAAUGCAAAUCUUUAUAACAUUGUCAUCUGGACAUAAUGUUGAGGAACUGACCAUACAAGUUGUCUUCUUGUUUGUUCAAUAUACUUAUAUGUUCCUAGCCAACUAUGUCGCUCAAGAAGUCACGGAUCACAACAAUCACGUGUUCACCACUAUAUACAAUAUACAGUGGUACGUGACUCCCUUACAUAUGCAGAAGAUGAUAUUGUUUCUGCUGCAGAGAGGAACCAAACCUUAUUAUCUGCAGCUUGGCAUUCUCUUCGUAGGAUCCUUAGAAGGCUUCGCAUCGUUAAUGAGCGCCACGAUAUCUUACUUCACUGUUAUUUAUUCAACGCGGCAAUAGUAUCUACCAAUAAGGCAGCUCAUUAACGACUGAGCAGGGCGAAGAGUUAUUAAAAUAAAUUCGCAUUAUUCUUCAUUUCUAUUCCCAGUUAUCAAUAUUCAAUUGGGAGGGACUUACCUGGUUUAUACGU